UUUUACAAGACAAAGCCCUACCCUGAUUCCCUAAUCCCUUCUCGCCUUCUCCAAUCUCCAAACACCAAUCCUCACGCCCUCGCUCAGUCGCUCCUCAGUCCUCACAUCCUCACAUCCUCACAUCCUCAAACGGUCAGACCUCACUUCAGCGACUCAGCGGCGACCGUACGGGACUCAGGCACUCAGCUGUUGCAACUCACCUCAGCACCUCAGCGGACCUCACCUCAGCUCAAGGGAGGUUUUAUUUCCUGACUAUAUAAAGCCAUAAAACGACGGUGGUGAGACAGUGAAUGCAAUGGCAAGCAGCAAUAGCAACCAGGAGAAGCCACCAUACCGUCCAUAUCGACAGAAGAAAGUUCUUACGGCGCACACCCGAGCCGUCUCCUGUGUGAAGUUCUCCAACAAUGGCAAACUCUUCGCCUCUGCCUCCUUGGACAAAACGUUGAUCGUCUGGUCAACCGAAACCCUAAGUAAGGUCUCCCAACUCGACGGCCACUCCGAAGGAGUCUCCGACCUGGCCUGGUCAUCUGAUUCCACCUACGUCUGUUCUGCCUCCGAUGACCGCACCCUCCGCAUCUGGGUUGCGCGUGACGGCGAGUGCGUCAAGACCCUCCGUGGGCACACCAACUUUGUCUUCUGCGUUAAUUUUAACUCCCAGUCCAACCUCAUCGUCUCCGGCUCCUUCGAUGAGACUAUUCGCGUCUGGGAUGUGAAGACCGGCAAGUCCAUGCACGUGAUCCGGGCCCACUCCAUGCCCGUCACCUCUGUCCAAUUCAACAGGGAUGGAUCUCUCAUUGUUUCCACCAGCCACGAUGGCUCUUGUAAGAUAUGGGACGCCGCCUCUGGUGCCUGCUUGAAAACCCUUAUCGAUGAUAAGGUCCCAGCCGUUUCGUUCGCCAAAUUCUCCCCCAAUGGCAAAUACAUACUCGUCGCCACUCUCGAUAACACUCUUAGACUCUGGAACUACAUUGAUGGCAAAAUAUUGAAGGUAUAUGCCGGCCAUAAGAACAGUGUGUAUUGCAUUGCAGCAACAUUUUCGGUUACAAAUGGGAAGUAUAUCGUCUGUGGCUCUGAAGAUCAUUGCGUGUGGAUAUGGGAUCUGCAAGGAAAGAAUCCUCUCCAGCAGCUAGAGGGGCACACUGAUACUGUCAUCUCUGUCAGCUGUCACCCUGAGGAGAACAUGAUUGUCUCUGCAGGACUGCAUAAUGAUAGAGCCGUGAGGGUGUGGGUUCAAGAUCAAAAUAAAUUUUACUCUAAAGUAUAUUCUCGAAUAGCGACUGUUAGUUUUUAUCGGACAGAGAAUGCUAUGGCAAGCGGCGGCAAUAGCAACCAGGAGGAGCCACCACCGUACCGUCCAUAUCGGCAGAAAAAAGUGCUUAAGUCGCAUACACGCGCCGUCUCCUGUGUGAAAUUCUCCAACAAUGGCGACCACUUCGCCUCCGCCUCCUUGGACAAAACGCUGAUCGUCUGGUCAACCGAAACCCUAAGCAAGGUCUCCCAACUCGACGGCCACUCGGACGGAGUCUCCGACCUGGCCUGGUCAUCCGAUUCCACCUACAUCUGCUCCGCCUCUGAUGACCGCACCCUCCGCAUUUGGGUUGCGCGCAACGGCGAUUGCGUCAAAACGCUCCGCGGCCACACAAACUUCGUCUUCUGCGUCAAUUUUAACCCUCAGUCCAACCUCAUCGUCUCCGGCUCCUUCGACGAGACUGUUCGCGUCUGGGAUGUGCAGACCGGCAAGUCCGUGCACGUGAUCCGGGCCCACUCCAUGCCUGUCACCUCCGUCACUUUCAACCGGGACGGAUCUCUCAUUGUUUCCACCAGCCACGACGGCUCUUGUAAGAUAUGGGACGCCGCCUCUGGCGCCUGCUUGAAAACCCUAAUUGAUGAUAAGGUCCCGGCCGUUUCAUUCGCCAAAUUCUCCCCCAAUGGCAAAUACGUACUCGUCGCCACUCUCGAUAACACUCUUAGACUCAGGAACUACAUUGAUGACAAAAUAUUGAAGGUAUAUGCCGGCCAUAAGAACAGUGUGUAUUGCAUUGCAGCAACAUUUUCGGUUUCAAAUGGGAAGCAUAUCGUCUGUGGCUCUGAAGAUCAUUGCGUGUGGAUAUGGGAUCUGCAAGGAAAGAAUCCUCUCCAGCAGCUAGAGGGGCACACUGAUACCGUCAUCUCUGUCAGUUGUCACCAUAAACAGAACAUGAUUGUCUCUGCAGGGCUGCAUAAUGAUAGAACUGUGAGGGUGUGGGUUCAAGAUUAAACAAUGUUCUGCAACUCUUCCUGGCCAUUUGUUACUCUCUCUCGUCGCUCGGCGAUCAUCUCUGCAUAAGCCUGGAGGAGACAAACGUGAAGACGGUAUCACACAAGAUUUAAUCAACACUCUUUUCGUUUGUUAGGUCAUAAAAAUGUAAAAGAGAAGGGUAUAUUGUGUGUACCUUAGGGUAGGAGUAGAGGAAGAUGUACCACCAUGCAGAUAUUAAAGCCACAACCACUGCAGUGAGAGCAAGAGAGUGCAAAAUCAGCCAGCUUGCUGCAAUUGCUACUAUACCAGUCAAUGCUAUUGUCCAUGGCUGGCACCUAUAUAUAAUAACAAAAACAAUACAUUCUUCACAUUCAUUAUAUUACUAAUAUGUCCAUGCAGCUUGCAAUUGCUAUUGUUUUAAUGAGCAAGUUAAAAAAGUUAACGUU